AUGGAGGAGGUCAAGGAGAUGGUCAGCGAACUUGCGACACAAAUCAAAGAUGAUAUAAGAGAAAGUAAUAAACAAUUAUUGAAGGAAUGGAAUACACAGCUUAAAGAGGAGCUUAAAAUAAUAAGAGAAGGAUUAAAGCAAGCAACAGAUCAACUACAGGAGCAAAAUCAAGAAAUUAGAGGUAAGUAUGAAGAAUGGAAGAGAGCUAAGGAAGAAAUGAGAAAGAAAAUGGGUGAAGCAGAAAGUCAACUAGAUCGAAUGGAGAGAGAAAAAAGAAGAAACAAAGUAGUGAUGAUGGAAUUGGAAAUAGAAACAGAAGAGCAGAAACAGAUAAUUGAAAAGGUGACAAAAUUUUUAGAAGAGAAAGUCAAAGUAGAAAGGUUGCGAAAAAAGGAAAAGGAGUUCUGGGACUACGUGGAAAAAUUUGAUGUGAUGGGGCUAACCGAGACAUGGGUACAAAGAGAAAAUUGGAAGAAAUUGGAAGAAACACUACCACAAGAAUAUAUGUCAAGGGGCGACAAAGGACAAGAAAAAAGGGAGAAAAGCGGGGGAAUAUUAAUGGGAAUUCGAAAAGAAAUGCAAGAAUUGGAAAAAGGAAAUAAUAAUAAACACGGAUUAAUGAAGAACGUAAUACAGCUGAAUAACAAUCGAUGGGAAAUAAUAACCGUUUAUAGUAAGAAAAUGGAGGAAACCAAGAUAAACAUAGAAAAGGAAACAAAAGACAAAGCAAAUAACAAAGAAGGGAAAAUAUUGUGGGAGAUAACAGAAGAAAUGGGAUGGGAAAUUUUGAAUGGAAAAAAGGAAAGAGAUGAAGAAGGAGAAUAG